AUGACGACGCUAACGCACCGAGCACGGCGUGCUGAGGCGGGAAGGAACUUGGACAAGAAGCCUGACAGCGAGGAAGAUGCGGCUGCAGACAGAGACCUGAACGAUGAUGAUCCUGAUGACUCCAAAGAUAUCCGCCUCACGCUCAUGGAGGAGGUGCUGCUCCUGGGGCUGAAGGACAAGGAGGGCUACACCUCCUUCUGGAAUGACUGCAUCUCUUCAGGCCUGCGGGGCGGCAUCCUCAUUGAGCUGGCUCUGCGCGGCCGGAUCCGCCUGGAGCCACUCUCCAUCAGGAAGAAGAGGCUGCUGGAGAGGAAGGUGCUCUUGAAGUCGGAUGCGCCGACUGGUGACGUCUUGCUGGAUGAGACCCUCCGACACAUCAAGGCCACGGAGGCUGCAGAAACGGUGCAGACCUGGAUAGAGCUGCUCACUGGGGAGACCUGGAACCCCUUCAAGCUGCAGUACCAGCUGAGGAACGUGCGUGAGCGCAUCGCCAAGGCUCUGGUGGAGAAGGGCAUCCUCACCACGGAGAAGCAGAACUUCCUGCUCUUUGACAUGACCACCCACCCUGUCAGCAACGCCACUGAGAAGCAGCGCUUGGUGAAGAAGCUCCAGGAGAGCAUGCUGGAGCGGUGGGUGAAUGACCCCCACCGCAUGGACCGCAGGACUCUGGCUCUCCUGGUGCUGGCCCACUCCUCAGAUGUGCUGGAGAACGUGUUCGCCAGCCUGGCAGACGACAAGUAUGAUGUGGCCAUGAAUAGGACCAAGGACCUCCUCGAUAUGGACCCCGAGGUGGAAGCUGCCAAAGCCAGGGGCACGGAGAUGAUCUGGGCUGUCCUGGCAGCCUUCAAUAAGUCCUAA